ACAAAAUUUACAAAGGAAAAAAUGCGAUACUUUUUGUUGAUGCUGCUACACUAUUGUAGAUAUUGUAGUCGCAAUAGUUGUUAGCAAUUAUCAACUGCAACAGAAAGAAGAAUGUACAUUCUCAAAGGAAUCCAAAUGCAAUGCAGUAACCAAAAGAAGAGCAAACCAGAAAAAAAUUAAACUACUACAUGCAACAAAAGAAUAAAUACCACCAUUAAAAAAGCACAAAAGAAAUAAAAAUCAUCAGCAACAUCGUCAUCAUCUGAGCAGCACCUUUGUAUUUUCAGCCAAAACAUCAAUGAUGAAGAAUAAAGUAAAAGACACUUUUACAUUAACAAACGAUAAGGAACCAAGAAAGUUAACUAAAGACAACAGCAGCAACAAAGAUGCUGGCAAUAUUAAAAAUGAAUUUAAUGUAAGAAUUUUAAAAGAAACGAAUAAUAGUAUUACGCUGGAAUGGAAUUUAAUUUCUGAAACAGAUGUGUAUGAAAUUGAAGUGCAUCAUAAAGUCAAAGGAUGGCAAAAUGUUGAUUGGACUAGUAAAUGUUUUUCCACAGUUACAAACUUAGACGAAAAUUUUGGUUAUAUAUUACGAGUUAAAGCUUUAAAAUUAAAUGCAGCCGAAGGUGCUUAUUGGACAUUACAAACUUCAUCAGAUAUUGUUGGCUGCACUUUGGCGGCUGAACCAACUGCAAUUUGUCUUUUUCGUGCCAUUAAAAAAGACCAACAAUUUUUGGUUAAACGUAUUUUACGUCAUCGUCCUAUUUUAAUUGAAUAUCCAGGACCAAAUGGUUACUUGCCUUUAGCUAAUGCUAUUGCGUUUAGUGAAAUGUGUAUUGUUGAUGUGAUACUUACCUAUGGUGGUAGUGUCCAUUUAGGAAAUAUAAAUAAUAAACGGACGCCAUUGCAUCAGGCCUUCUAUUAUGGACGUUUGCCGGUGGCGCGUAUCUUGUUGAAUAAAAAAGCCAAUAUGGAAGCCAAAGAUAUUUACGGUUUAACUGCCAGUCACUUGGCGGUAGAUGCAAAUCAAGGUGAGAUUUUAAAAUUUGCACUUGAAAAUGGUGCCAAUAUAGAGGCCAGAGAUGCAUGUGGAUGGACAUUGUUAAUGCGUGCAGUGGUUAUGGCUUCCGAUUUAAGCAUUUUAAAGUUAUUGGUUAUUUGUGGUGCUGAUGUGGAGAGCAAGGAUAUGAAUAAUUUAAAUUGUCAAGAUUUGGCACGAUUGUAUGGCAAUGACAAAGCUGCUGAUUAUUUUCAAAAAAUCUUGAAAUUAAAAAAGGAAAAAGAACUGCAAAGUAAAAAUGAAAAACACAAAUAG